AUGGCCAUCGCUGAUGAGCUCGUAGAGAAGAUCUUGUCGUGGCUGGAGCAGCAGGAGCUGUGUGCACAGAAGCUGAAGGUCCAGGCCUCGGAGCUGGAGGAGCUCAGGAAGAAUGUUCUCAUCAGUACAGUUGCUGGCUUCUCUGUUGUUUUGCUCGGUGGAGUUGCUUCGUUGGCAGCAACCAUCUUUACAGGAGGUGCUGCAGCCCCACUGCUGGCUGCAGUAGGAUCAGUGGGUGCAGGGCUUGGUAGUGCUACUACCAUAGGUUCAGCCAUUGCAGAAAAGAUCAUAACAUCCUGCACCAUGGAAGAAGCACGGAAGAUUGCUGAGAAGUGUAUGGAUCUUGAAAAGGACAUCAAGAGACUUGUAGAGUUACUGAUGAAGGAGAGGGAAAAACAAAAGGAUUCUGCCUGCGGUGACGUGGAUCCAGCAGAAUUUGUCAGAGAUCGCAUUCUGAAAGCGAUGGCAGAGCGCGGUGGACUGCAGUGGGAUGACACUCUGCUGCUGCGAGGUGUGGCUGAUAUGAGCCGGCGAGUUAUGACCACGCCGGCUGUCCCUCAUGCUGCUGCAACCGCGUUUGGACUUCCAUUUACGAUUAUUGAUCUGCUUGAAAACAUCAUACAACUAGUCAAAAACAAUUUUGUGACAGAAGCCAGUCAGAAACUGAGAGACGUGGCCAAGAAAAUGCUGGAACUGAGUGAAGUCCGAAAAGAUUUUGAGAAAUUCUUCAAAGUCAGCCACAUUAUUGGAAAGCUUGAGAAAAUCCCAGACGAAAGGAUGGUGUUGAUCGAGCUUGCAAUGGAGAACUGUGAGGAUGAGGCCACCCGGAAAUGGCUGGAGGAAAACUCGCAGUCUCAGGCUUUUUCUGAACUUGUAGGAGUGUUCCAUUAUCUGAAAGAACUCAUCGACGACGAGGAAAAGAAGGGCCACUCCAGAGAAGUUGACAUCAUCCUUGUGGCACGUGGAUCAGUCGAUGAUGAUGUGAUCCCUGCGAGCUGCCUCAGGCCUCUGGACACCAUCCAGGACGUGCUCCUGUACGCCCCAUGGAGCGGCCUUAUCAAUGCCAAUACAGAGUACAACACUGCGAGACGAUGGAUGGUGCCUUACCACAGGAGCUUUGACAAAUCCACCAACCUGCCUGAUCAGUGGAGCGCCAAAGGGGAGGACAGGAACCAGAAGGUCAGGAACAUCACGCUCAGCCCUCUUGGACCGGAGGGCCUCACAUCGAAAGUUCUGGAGCAUCUAAAGAACAAUAUUGAUGACUUCCCUGAGAGAAACUGCAUUGUUGUCCCAUACCUCGACCCGGGAAAUGACGGAUCCUCAGAAGGAACCCCGCUCUUCGUCGUGACUGUGGCCUUGUCUCUUGUGCUGAUUUUCUCCAGGUUCCGAGCCACCGUCCACCUGGCCGCCUCCAGGGAUUACGACUUUUUACCAGGGACAUUAGACGACGCAGAGCUGGAGUGUCAGUAUGCCCAGGCUGUUCAGAAAAUCAAGAUGAAGAAUCUGAUCAAAAAACCUUUAUUGUCCAUUGCACCAGUGUAA